GAUUCGAUAACUGUGACUGAAGCUGACUCAAUUUGUGAAGAUGUGGAGGCUGGUGUGUUUUGCUCAUCAAUUUCCAUUUCUGUACUGUUAUUAGGUGUUACAAGUGCGAGGUGGCUGGUUUGGUUAGAUUUGUGCGUGGUGCUUGACCCUGCAUGA